AUGCAAGUAGAGAAUAAUCUGGAAAAGAAAGAAAUGGACAUAGAAAAGAAAGGAUAUAAUUUAAACAGUUUAAGUUUAGAAGACAUAGAUCCUAAUCUGUUAAUUGAUAUCACUGAAACCAUGGUUAAAGAUUUUAAUUUAAAUUCUUUACCUCAAAUUUAUCAGAAUAAAACUAAACCUUCCGAGUUUAAGAGGAUAGCAAAUUUAGCUAAAGGUGGAUUUGGUGAGGUUUAUAUUGUUGAGAAAAACGGUGAAUAUUUUGCUAUGAAAAUGAUGGCUAAGGAACAAAUUCAAAGAAACUUAUAUAAAACAUUCUUUAUGAAUGAAAGAAAUUUACUAUUAAAAGGUGAUAAUGUCUGGUCUGUCAGAGCCCUUCAGUGUAUACAAGAUGAUAUCUACAUAUAUUUUAUUAUGGAUUUUAUACCAGGUGGUGAUUUAAUGAAUUUGUUUAUUGGAAAAAACUCAACAUCUGAAGAAGAAGUUAGAUUUUACGCAGCUGAAGCAGCUUAUGCUAUUCAUAAAAUCCAUGAAUAUGGUUAUAUUCAUAGAGAUAUUAAACCUGAUAAUAUAUUUAUCAAGGAAGAUGGUCAUUUGAUUUUAGGAGAUUUUGGUAGCUCAGCUCUCAUGGUUGAUGGUAAGAUAAAAUCUAGACACCCUAUAGGCACACCUGAUUAUGUAUGUAAAGAUGUUUUGGAUAUAGAUUCUAAUGAUGGAUAUGAUGAGACGGUUGACUUUUGGGGGUUGGGUGUGGUACUUUAUGAAUUAAUAAUGGGAGAUGUUCCAUUUAGUUCAUUAAGCCUUAAAGAAACUUAUAAUAAAAUUACCACACUUGAUUAUAAAAAAAUUCAAGACAUACCUGAUGAUCUAUCUGACUUAAUUAAUCAUUUAAUUACAGAUAGAGCAAAUAGACUUGAUUGGAAGGGUAUAAAAACACACCCAUUUUUUAAAUCAAUUGAUUGGGAUAAUCUUUUAGCAAUGAAACCACCAUUUAUUCCAAAAAUAAAGUCUGCCAAUGAUAAUAGUAACUUUAACAGUUCUAGUGAUUUUAAAUCAGAAAUAUUUAAAACAAAAUGUGGAUAUAAAGAUUAUAUAGGAUUUACAUACGAUCCAGAUGCAGUUAAAAGAUUGAAUCCUGUAAAAUCAGGUGAUAAUUUAAAUGAAAUGUUGAGUCUUAAAAUGUUAGAAAUAGAAGAUCUGAAUUUUACUAUUAGUGAGCUUCAAAAUGAAAAAAGUAGUAAGGUAGAUGAAGUAAAACAAAUAUCUAAAAAUCUAUUAAAUAUAUCUACUGAAUUGAUUACAAAGAGGGAUGAGUUGCAUAGUUUAAAUGGAAUCAUGCUUAAUAAAACAAAAGAAAUUAAACAAUUAGAUGCUGAUAUAUCAAGAAAAACAAGUUUACUUAAAUCGGAAAAUAAAAGUGAUUUAGUAUUAAUAGACUCAAUAAGAAAAUUAAAUAAUACAAUUAAUACACUUGAUUAUGCUAACACAAUUAAUGAUAUAAAGACUAAGGCUUAUUCACUCUAUAAAGAAAAUGAACGACUUAAAAAUCAAAUAGACAUAUUAAAUAUUAAUGUUUCACAAACUAAUGAGGAUGAACUCAAGAAUCAAAUAAGAAUUUAUAAAGCUGAUUUGAAAACCUAUGAACAAAGAAUUGAAGAUGAAAUUGAUAUGAGAAGAAAAUUAGAAAUUGACAUUAAGUUACUUAAAGAAUCACUUAAUAAAGAGAAUAAUAAAAUUAAUAGGACUUGGCAUGUUAUUGAUGGUAAAAAUGGGAAAGCUAUUAAAAUAGUUUUAGAAAAUUCAAUAUUUACAAUUGAAGAGAAAGAGUAUCUGAAUGGAAGAGUUUUUAUUAGAGAAUUGAAGAAUAAUGAAUAUCACUACUUUAGUGAGAGAAAAAGAAAUCUUGCAUUAGUUAUCCAUUUACUUGAAGAAACAAUUAUUAAUUCUGAUUCAAGUACAUUUUCAAGAAGAUCUAUUAAAUCUAUUGAAGAGGAGUAUAAGAAGGAAAAAGAGGUUUUUUUUGGACUCGAACAGCUGGCAGUGAUUGUACCUAAUGAAUCUGCAGGUGAAAUAUUUACACAAAUUAAAAAUUCAAAGAAAAAAAUUAAUUAUCUUAAAUCAGAAAUAUCAAGAGUAAUGAAACAGUCCAUGAAUGAAAACCAGCUGAUUAAUGAAAUUAGUGAAGAGAGUGAUAAUUUACAUGAAUACAAUAAUCAUAGAUUUAUUCAAAAGAUAGUAGGUAAGGGAACUUUAUGUGAGUGUUGUAAUGAUAUUAUAACUGGUGUCUUUUGUAAUGCUUAUUACUGUAAAGAGUGUCAUUAUACAGUUCAUGAUUAUUGUUACUUAUUAGUUGAUUAUUCCUGUGAAACUAAAAAAGCUAUUGAUAAAGGUAAAACUAUUGUGAUUGUCUGUAAAAGUUUAGAAGAGAAAGAAAGUCUUUUUAAAGCUGGUAAAUAA